AUGUCUGCUCAACAAAUUCCUCAGGACGCUCAAGUCAACAUCAUCUCCAAGAACGAGAAGAAGGCCAGAGAGUUGAUCAAGAAGUUCAACUUGAAGGCUGUUCCAGGUAUUUCCAGAGUUACUUUCAAGCAAAGAGGUAACUUGAUUUACGCUAUUGACCAACCUGACGUCUACAGAUCUGCUGCUGGUACUUACAUUGUAUUUGGUGAAGCCAAGGUUGAUGACAUGAACCAAAGAAUUGCUGAAGCACAAAAGGCUGCUGAAGCUGAAUCUGCUAUGACUGCUGCUGCUGAUGACAAGUCUCCUGCUGCAAUCACUGCUGACAUGGAAAAGGUUGCUUUGGACGCUGCAACUGCUUCUAACGAAGAAGAAGAAGAAGAAGAAGGUGAAGUUGAUGACUCUGGUUUGGACCAAAAGGACAUUGAAAUCAUUGUUGAGCAAACUGGUGUCUCCAGAGCUAAGGCUGUUAAGGCUUUGAGAAGCCACGAUGGUGAUAUGGUAAAUGCUAUCAUGGAGUUGAGCUCCUAA